GGGUCGCUCAAUAGAUGAAUCAUGCAUGCCUGGUCAUUGCUUCCUAAUCUUCCUGCCGGGCUACAGGCAUUAGCCUACAUGGCGGACAGUGUUCAUGUUGUGAUGGGCUACUCUGGAAGGUGGCUGCUCUGGACUGCUUAUUUGCUAACUUCUGUUCGUCAGCAUGACGCAGUGAGGGUGACCAUGAGGGAGGAGAGUGUGGAGGUGGUCCAGGGGGACUCUGUGACCCUGCCCUGCUCCUUCUUCACCAUGAGCCCCCUGUCCAGACUCAACAUCAUCUGGACACUGGCUCCUUUCUCCCACCCAGACUCUCCCUCCCAGGUGAUUGUUUAUGACCACGGUCAGGUGAUCGAGGACCCCUCCCUCACUGGCAGGGUGGGCUUCGCGGGCAUCCCUUGGAGCGCCGAUAUCGUGCUGAACGACACGCGCGUGUCAGAUGCCGGAGCCUACCGUUGCGUGGUGAGCAACCCGCCCGAGACUGGCGACCCUGGCAUCGGAGAGCUCGCCCUCAGCGUCCUGGCACCUCCAUCUCUGCCCCUGUGCCUCUGGGACGGAUACACGGGUGUGGGGGGCACGGUCACUCUGUCCUGCAUGGUGGCCGAGGGGGUCCCCACCCCAGAAAUGAGGUGGCACAAGCUCCAACCAGAAGAGAUCUCUCUACCCAUGAACAUGAACGGGGAUCUCUCAGGGUCCGUCCGGAUCGUCAACGUGUCGUCUCAGAACUCGGGGCUGUAUCGUUGCUCCGUCACCAACCUGCUGGGGACCCAGAACUGCUACAUCAACCUGUCGGUGUACGGCCCUCCGGAACGUUCCCCAGGGAUACUGCAGGGGGUGCUGCUGACCCUGUCCAUGGCCUUGGUCCUCGUGGCCCUGACGGUGCUGGUGCUGUGGCUCCACCGCUCGAGCCGCGAGAGGAAGUGGAGGGACGGGGAGGAAGAGGAGUGUUACAACGAGAUAAGGUACACGCCCUCUUUGAUGAAGCGCUCGUUUGUCUGAGCUCGCCAUCCACGGACGGAGGACAAACCCAGACGGGCCGCGAUAGCGAGCCACCCCACCGGCUGUGGAGACUCGCCGAAUUGGUGGAACAUUCUACCGUGUUCUGAAAGGAGAGGUCAAGAAUAUGCCGCAUGCGUGCGAACCGUGCCUUUACUCCUCGCUGUGCCCCCAUUUUGAAUCACACCUGUUAAAUA